AUGGAGCUGAGGAACGGUCAGUGCGAGAAGUGUCUUGUGGGGGAGUACCGCAACAAGAGCCAGAGCUGGGAGUGUCAGCCAUGUCCUGCCGGCCUCACCACACAGACCAUUGGGUCCUCCUCCCUCACCGACUGCCUCGUGUCAACCUGUAGAGCUGGCACUUACUUCGACAACACGAUGCAGCGAUGUGCCCUCUGUCCCCCAACACCUACCAGAACGAGGCUGGGCGCUUUGAAUGUAGGAAGUGCCCCCUGUCCACCCAGACCAGCCCUGAAGGGUCAACUCACCUGAGUAAUUGCAUAGACAAGUGCCAGACAAGUGCCAACAAUUGCAGUGUCAACGCCGACUGUAGGAGCAGCGACAAUGGCAUCCGAUGUUCUUGUAAACCUCGCUACCUGGGAGAUGGCUUCAACUGCACCCAUAUUUGUGCCAACGAGGGCUUCUGCAUGAACGGAGGCGCGUGUGUGUACGAGCUGGGCAGGUGCGAGUGUACAGUCCACUACACCGGCGACAGAUGCGACCUGAGGAAAGAUGCCCUGGCGGCCGGCCUGUCGGAGAAGGAUGUCAUCAUUACUGCAGUCGUCGCCACUCUCGCCUUCCUUCUCUUUCUCAUCAUCCUCAUCGUCUGCUGCUGCGUGUUGGCCAGACGGCGCCAGAGGACCAAGGUGCCGCUCACCCGCAAUGACUCGGAGGAGCGAGGGAGCAUCGCCACCCGCAUGUCGCUCAGGAACGUGGACGACUUCACGGUGUACGCCACCAAGCCAACCACCUUCACAGCAGGGCCCCGGAUGCUGCUACCCGUGCAGGGACAUCAGGUGUACGAGAAUCCAACCUACGUCUUCAACACAGAUGGAGACCCCGCUGUGUACAAGGCCUGAUACCCGCCUCACAAGAAGAUAUUCAACCAAAGUCCGGGUAGACCUGAGUGGACUGUGGUGUCCGACUGAGGCGAGGAGUUUCACUGUCUUUGAGUCGUUGGCAGGAUGCUACAACCCACCAUCCAUCCUUCCAUCAGCUUGUAUCGUAGUUGUGACAGCUUGCUGAUGGUCCUGUGUGUAAUCAUCACGUGGUGUCUUCUCCAUCUUGUCACUGACACCACUGGUGUUGACAUCAUCUACAUGACGAUGAGCCUGACAGUGGCAUUGUCAGCUGUGCCAGAUAUUUGAAGAACUCGUUGAUAAAUGUCAGUGAGAAGUUGAAUUUAAAAAUUCAGAGCCUAUUUCAGACAUAUCCAGAGGAUGUAAUGACAGUACACAGUCCUGUAAACUUGUAUUCACACCAUGCACACCCUCCUGCUCCAGAAGGUUCCUGUCAUUCUUUCGCCUAAAAUGUUUGCUUUCAUGGAAUGUCUACAAGGUAUUUUUAUUCUGUAUGUGUGGCAUAACUGAAGUGUACAUAUCACGUGGUAUUGGAAAUGAUAGCUUGAACUUUACUUGAGAUUAUUCAGUCAAAACAAAUACAUUCAUUCCUAGCUUUCACCAUCUCUCUAUCCAACACACUCGCAAUUAAUAUUCACAAAACUCGAGACUUUCUGACCUCUGACCUCCUGCUGCGUAUACAAUGUUUUCGACAGAAAAUCCGAAUUUUCUCGUGUAAACAUGGAAAUAACGGGCAGUUCGCUGCCACUGUGACACCUGUCCAGGUAACAACAACUUUGUUCUCUAUGGCACAAGCUCUUCCUGCACCCCGGGUAGAAGAGCCGUUGUCAUUUAACAAAAAAUAUAUUUUCAAAUCCAAACUAACUGAAUGUUGUCAGUUGAGCCAACAGACGAUCAAACGAGUCUGUGAAUAUGUGAGAUUAGAAAGUUUUGCUUUCUAUUUUUGUAUUCCAUUAAAAAUGCAAACAGUUUGAAAAUUAACGGAUUAAACUUAGAAUGUAUUUGAUGUAA